ACUAUCCAUUCACUUUUUUCUCUUUCACGAAUAGAAAAUGGUCGCCUCCAGCGUUCUUGGUUUUCCUCGCAUCGGUGCUAAUCGUGAAGUGAAAAAGGCAGUUGAAGCCUACUGGGCUGGCAAAAUCUCUGCGGAUGACCUUACUAAGACUUCAGCCGAUGUUAAAAGGACAAGCUGGACUUCUGUCAAAGCCAAAGGCGUUGACUUUGUCCCAAGUGGCGAGUUCUCUUUGUACGAUCACGUUCUUGAUCAUUCUGCUGCUUUCAAUGUGAUCCCCAAGCGAUACACUGGCCAUGGUCUCUCCCCUCUUGAUGUCUACUUCGCCAUGGGACGAGGUCGUCAGGCUGAUGGUGUCGACGUCCCUGCCUCGGAGAUGAAGAAGUGGUUUGACUCCAACUACCACUACGUUGUUCCGGAAUUCUCGGAGGAGACUGACUUCCAGUUGAAGUUCAACAAGGCCCUCGAGGAGUACCGAGAGGCCAAGGCUGCUGGUGUUACCACACGCCCCGUCAUUUUGGGUCCCAUCUCCUUCCUCGUCCUCGGUAAGGCGUCAAAGGAGGCCAAGCCCGGUUUCCAGGCUAUAUCUCUCCUUCCCAAGCUUUUGCCCGUUUAUAAGACACUUUUGGCUGACCUCAAGGGGGCCGGUGUUGAAUGGGUUCAAAUUGAUGAACCCGUCCUUGUUCUCGAUGUUGCCGCCAACUUGGAGAAACAGUUCACCUCUGCCUAUACCGAGCUGGCGCCUGUUUCUCCCAAGAUUAUGCUGACCACCUACUUCUCUCGGCUCGACGCCAACCUUUCAUACGUUGCUCAGUUGCCUAUCGCUGGCCUCCAUAUUGAUCUUGAUCGUGCUCCUGGCCAACUUGACGAAGUCAUUGCCGCUAUCAAACCUACCGCCAUCGUCCUUUCUCUGGGAUUGGUUUCAGGACGUAACAUCUGGAAGGCGGAUUUUGCUGCUGCCCUUAAAGAGGGACAGAAGGCUGUGGAUGCCCUCGGCUCGGAGCGUGUCAUCGUUUCAACUUCAUCUUCUCUCCUUCACACCCCGGUCACCCUUGCUUCGGAGAAGAAGCUCACUGAGGAGCAGAAGGAUUGGUUCUCCUUUGCCUUGGAGAAGGCGGCUGAAGUUUCCACCCUCGCUGCAGCUCUUUCUGGUUCUCAGGAUCCUGGUGUCGCCGCAGCCCUUGAGGCUAACCGAAUUUCCAUCGCGAAACGUCGUGAGUUCGAGAGCACUUCGGAUGACACCGUUCGCAAGCGCGUUGCUGCCAUAACCCCUGAUCAACUUGACCGUAAGAGUCCGUUCGCUGUACGCAAGGACAUUCAGGCCAAGGCGCUCAACUUGCCAAAGUUCCCUACCACCACCAUUGGAUCUUUCCCUCAAACCAAGGAAAUUCGCCAAGCCCGUGCCAAGCUUGGCAAGGGUGAGAUUAGCGAAGCUGAGUACGAAGAGUUCAUCAAGAAGGAGAUCGAAAGUGUUGUGAGGUUCCAGGAGAAGAUUGGCCUUGAUCUCCUCGUCCACGGUGAACCUGAGAGGAACGACAUGGUUCAAUACUUUGGAGAGCGGCUCUCUGGUUUCGUUUUCACUCAGAAUGCAUGGGUUCAGAGUUAUGGAUCACGUUAUGUCCGACCUCCCAUCAUUGUUUCUGAUGUCAGCCGGCCCAGUCCCAUCACGGUGCAAUGGAGUAGCUAUGCUCAGAGCUUGACCAAGAAGCCCAUGAAGGGAAUGCUGACUGGCCCAGUCACCAUCCUCAACUGGUCAUUCCCUCGUGCCGAUGUCUCCCGCGAAUUGCAAUCCAAGCAGCUUGCUCUCGCUCUCCGUGACGAAGUCAUCGACCUCGAGAAGGCUGGCAUUAGCGCUAUCCAAGUCGACGAACCUGCUAUUCGUGAGGGUCUGCCUCUUCGUCGUUCGGACUGGGAUGCCUACCUCAAGUGGGCUGUCGACUCUUUCAAGUUGUCGACUGCUGGUGUCACCGACCAGCUGCAGACUCACUCUCACUUCUGCUACUCUGACUUUGAUGACAUCUUCCCCUCCAUCCAGCGUCUCGAUGCCGACGUUAUCUCCAUUGAAGCCUCGAAGAGUGAUAUGAAACUCAUCAACACUUUCAAGACUUAUGGAUACUCCAACCAGAUCGGGCCUGGUGUCUACGACAUUCACUCGCCUCGUGUCCCUGGCGACCAGGAGAUCAAGGACCGACUUAGUGCUAUGCUUGAGAUUCUUCCCGACUCUCUGCUCUUUGUCAACCCUGACUGUGGUUUGAAGACUCGUGGCUGGAAAGAAACCGAAGCCUCGCUCGUCAACCUUGUUGCCGGUGCUCGCUGGGCUCGUGAAAACUACGCUUAAAUAUCCCCUAUCAUUCCGCUUCAACAGCGCUCUUUGACUGGUUAACUUAUGGGCUUCAUCAGUCCUGUGACCGUUGGGUAGUUGUGGCGAUAUUGUUGCUGGCGUUAGGACAUGCAUGCAUAAAAGGGAAGCAGAGUAGACUGCUGCACGCUCACUCAGUGGGAGCUUUCGCUUAGCGAGGCCGUGGCUGAGGAGGGUUGGUGCGGCAGUAAUUCAUGUGCUCGGAUUUCAACAAUCCCCGAAUUUGUAUCAUUAAGCAUCAUCGCAAUUGCAUUUUUCGCUAAUCGCAUACGUAAAGUAUAUGGAGUUGCUGUGUUUCUUUGUCUUGGACGGUGAAUAGAAAGGACCAUUUGUAAGCGAACUGCUUGAUCUCGUCACCUCCCCAUCGUAGAUCGAGAGUAUUCUUGCCGUAAUCCCAGAGUUUCCGAG